CAGUUCGCAUAGCAGUUGCACAACGUCGUAAAAACUUGACUGAUCAGACGUUAAGCAAAAUAAAUAUUUUUCGCUGAACUGUAAACCGUAUUAACAUACGAAGUUAAACAUUUUUUGUAUGAAAAUAAUAAUACACUUAUAGUUCGCACUUUUUUGAGCUUUUACUUUUCUUGCAAGUUUCGUACAUCCGGCCGCUCGAGACGUGCCGUAAUUCACUUGACACUGAGUUAACUUUGCGCCACGAGAAUAACCGCGGCCGAGCGGUUAAAAUUAAUUAUAAAAGAACGAAAGGAGUGCCAGCUCUAUAUAAGUCGAUCAUCCAUGACGUUCUUCACUCAUCUGAUCCUAAGCAACCUGCAACAACACACUCAACUCAAUAUGAAGUACUUUGUUGUUGCACUGGCUAUCAGCACUCUGCACGCAGUGAAUGGAGGUCGCUUGGGGAACACCUAUCUUCCACCAGGAAGCGCAGCGACCGCUGGUGCUGCUGGACUUAUCCGAACUCCAGGAUUCAGUCAGGAUUACAACGCACAGCCUGGAAGAUUAACCGGUGGUUACUAUCAGGGCAAUGCAGGACAACAUGGACAGGUGAUAGCCAUCACUCAGUAUACCAACCAAAACAACGGUGACGGCUCCUAUCGGUACAACUACGAAACCGCUAACGGGAUCUCAGUCCAGGAAGCUGGAGCGCCGCACGGGGAUGCUCAGACUGUUACUGGUGCAUUCUCAUACACUGGCACUGAUGGCGCACAGUAUACCGUUCAUUAUACUGCUGAUGAAAAUGGCUUCCGUCCUGAAGGUGCUCAUCUUCCAACCCCACCACCCAUUCCCGAAGAGAUUCGUCGUGGCGUUGAGUUAUCGCUGGCUGCUGAAGCCCGAGGCGAGAAUCAGGACGGCCAGUACCAUGGUUCAGCCAAUGCUCAGACUUAUUCAGGCAUUCAGAAUCAGUACAAUGCACAUGCUGGAUACCGCUACUAAUGGACAAUUAGACUAAAGCUACUCUGUAAUACCGACUGUACCAAUUUUGCCAU